AUGAAACUAGCAGAAGCUAUGAGUUUAGGAAGUCCUUUUACUAUCAAACCAACAAAGAAACAAAGUGGUGGGUUACUUGGUAUAUUGUUUGCAAGUAUUGGUGUGGCACUGUUAUUAAAAGAAUUAACUGGUAAUGGUAUUCAGGGUUAUAGCAGAUAUUUUAAAUGCCAGUUUUCUGACAUCGGUCAUCCUUUGCAAACCUGGCGCUGAGCCUUUUCUUUCGCUUCGUCUAUACUUUGCUUGUAUAUGGCUAAGGAAAAAAUUACUGGACUGUCAUUUGUCAAGGAACUUACAAGGAGACUAAAGGAUUAAUAAUUGUGUAGACUCGUGGAUUAGACUCCGCUGACUGGUAUUGUAGUUGUUAAGGAAACUCACGUGGACGCGCGAACAAACGGAAAAGGGUAGGGAAUUUGAGAUUCAAAGGUUAAAGGAAAAUCGGAAAACUGCUCUUGCUUACUUAACUAAGCAGAUGAACAUAAUCUCGCCCGUGUUGGCAGAUUUUGAGGAUGAAAAACAAGCGCCCUCUGAAGUUGUGCAGUUCCAUAAGCUAUUUGUUAAAAUGCAUGAAGCACAUGAUAUGUAUCUCAGGGCCUUGGAUGAUGAUGGUGAGAUAAAAUUAGCUCAGCAAUGGUAUAACAGUCGUGAUAAGGUUUGUGUUUCGUAUUAAGGAAAAGUAUUAUCUGGGUGAGACAAAGAAGUUGCGUGGUGACUCGCAUGAUACAUGCACAGUGAAAUCUAAAUCAGUCGGUCACUCAAGGUCCUCCACUUUCUCAACAUUAUCCACUAAGUUAAAGUUGAUUGAGAGGCAAAGGCUAAGGCGGCAGCAUUCGAGGUUAAGGCAAAAUUCUUAACGGAGAAGCAAACGCUAAGACUGGCCUCUCUGGAGCUUGAACUUUGGCAGCAAAUUGUAGAGGCAAAAAGCUGA